UUUUUUUUUUGACGAUGGAUACAAGUCUUGUAGCUGAUGAUAUCGAUUUAAAUAUUAUAAAGACUUUAAAAUUAGAAGCAGAAUUACUUGGAGAUUGGACUAAAUUCGUUAAUAGGUUAUCACAUGUAUUUAGUCAUGUAGAAUGUCUAAGCUCAAGCUUUAUUCAGAUAUCGCCUGCUCAAAAUCAGCGUUGUCUUGUAGACAAAAUACAAGUUAAACAGGCAUUUGAUAUAUUACAGGAGUGUCCUCCCAUGUUGAUGACAACAGUUAUGGAACAAUCAAAGCAAUUACUAGCCUCGAUGAUAAGGAAUAGAAAAGACAGUUUUACUAUUGAUCAUUUUCAUUCCAUUGUCAUCUUAUUCCAAUGCUCCCUUCUCGUUGAUGAUGGUUCAACCAGUCUAUUGGCCGAAUUAUGUCAAGUAAUAACACUCAUAAACCCUUUUAUGCAAAUUCAGCUCUUUGAAUUUCUAAUUGAGCCAGAAUCAAAGACAGCUUUUAAGAAUCUAUUAAAUUUAUUUCAACAAUUUGUAAGCAAACGACUCGUAUCACUGAAUAACAAUACUGUAACCAAUGGAUUUGGAUCAAACGUGGAUCCAGCUGUUAUCAACGCUACCAAAUGUAUUGAAGUAUUAUACCGUAUGAAUGAGAAACAUAAAUAUAUACCCUACACCGAAUUUUAUAACGAUACAGUCAAUGAACAACUUGAAAUUAAAGAAGACUUUCCGAAUUUUAAAGAUAAAAAAGGAUUCUCUUUCUGUGACUAUCCAUUUAUGCUUAAUCCAGCCGUAAAAGCAGAUGUGCUUAAAGUUGAAAGUGUAUUUCAAAUGAGGCAUGAGCUUCAAGAUGCAUUCUUUAGAGCUCUAUUUCAAGGUGUAAAUAGUCCUUACCUUGUACUAGAAAUUAGACGUGAUCAUAUUAUAUCAGAUACAUUACAACAGCUGGAAGAAAAGACAAUCCAUGAUUUGAAAAAACAAUUAAGAGUUCAAUUUGUAGGUGAAGAAGGUGUUGAUGAAGGAGGAGUCCAGAAGGAAUUCUUUCAACUUAUUGUUAGAGAAAUAUUUGAUCCCAAGUAUGGUCUCUUCAAUUUCAAUGAAGAAUCAAGAUUAUGCUGGUUUAUGCCUAAUCAUCCAAAUGUUUUAGACGAAACCAGUAUUCGAGAAUAUAAGUUAGUGGGUUUACUUCUAGGGCUUGCAGUCUAUAAUAGUGUCAUUUUAGAUCUUCAUUUCCCUUUGGUUUUGUACAAGAAGCUUAUGGGGGUAUCAGACAUUGAUUUAUUAGAUUUAAAGCAAUUAGAUCCUAGUCUAGGAGUAGGAUUGGAAAAAUUAUUAAUUUUUGACGGCGAUAUUGAAAAAGAAUAUGAUCAUUGCUUUCAGGUUGAUGUCAAGUCCUUUGAUCAAUUAUUGACUUACGACUUGAAACCUGGAGGAUCUAUGAUACAAUUAACAAAUGAAAAUCGCCAAGAAUUUGUUGAUUUGUAUGUACAAUUUAUUUUGAAUACAUCCAUUGAAAAGCAGUUUAACGCCUUCAAAGAAGGUUUUCAAUUAGUUUGCAAAGAUAGUGCUAUUAAAAUAUUUAGACCAGAAGAAGUAGAACAACUUGUUUGUGGAAGUUCAAAUUUAGAUUUCAAUGCAUUGGAAGCAUCUACAGUUUAUGAUGGUGGGUGGACAAAGGAUUCUCUUAUUAUCAAAUAUUUCUGGGAAAUCGUACACUCAUUUAGUUAUGAAGAAAAAAAGAAGCUGUUAUUCUUUACUACCGGAUCAGAUAGAGCUCCUAUUGGUGGCCUAAGUAAACUUCAGUUCGUGAUUGCAAAGAAUGGGGGUGAUUCAGAUAGAUUACCUACAUCACAUACAUGCUAUAAUGUACUACUUCUUUGCGAGUAUAGUAGCAAAGAGAAAUUACGAGAAAGAUUAUUAACAAGUAUAAGUAAUGCAGAAGGAUUUGGUAUGAUUUAAUAACGUUAGAGUCAAUAAAUAAAUAAAAGGCAAUAUCAUUUAAAUGUUUGAUAA